GCUCGCAGCUCUGGGGGCCCGGCUUUGCCGCGCUCCGUGCACUUGGGCGAGAGCAGGAACGUGGAACGGAGCUCCGCUCCUAGCGCAGCCACCGCGAUGAGAGGCGCUCGCGGCGCCUGGGAUUUCCUCUUCGUCCUGGUGCUCCUGCUCCGCGUCCAGACAGGCUCUUCUCAACCAUCUGUGAGUCCAGGGGAACUGUCUCCACCAUCCAUCCAUCCAGCAAAAUCAGAGUUAAUUGUCAGUGUCGGCGAUGAGAUUAGGCUGUUAUGCACCGACCCAGGAUUUGUCAAGUGGACUUUUGAGACUCUGGGUCAGUUGAGAGAGAAAACAUACCCAGAAUGGAUCACCAAGAAAGCAGAGGCCACAAAUACAGGCAAUUACACGUGCACCAAUGAAGGCGGCUUGAGCGGUUCCAUUUAUGUGUUUGUUAGAGAUCCUGAGAAGCUUUUCCUGGUUGAGCUUCCCUUGUACGGGAAGGAAGGCAACGACACGCUGGUCCGCUGUCCUCUGACAGACCCAGAGGUGACCAAUUACUCCCUCACGGGGUGCGAGGGGAAACCUCUUCCCAAGGACUUGACGUUUGUCGCUGACCCCAAGGCCGGCAUCACGAUCAAAAACGUGAAGCGCGAGUAUCAUCGGCUCUGUCUACACUGCUCGGCGAACCAGAAGGGCAAGUCCGUGCUGUCGAAGAAAUUCACCCUGAAAGUGAGGGCAGCCAUCAGAGCUGUGCCUGUUGUGUCUGUGUCCAAAGCCAGCUAUCUUCUCAGGCAAGGGGAAGAAUUUGCAGUGAUGUGCUUGAUAAAAGACGUGUCUAGCUCUGUGGACUCAAUGUGGAUAAGGGAAAACAGCCAGCAGACUAAAGAACAGGUGAAGAGGAAUAGCUGGCAUCAGGGUGACUUCAAUUUUCUCCGUCAGGAAAGAUUGACUAUCAGCUCAGCAAGAGUUAAUGAUUCUGGCGUGUUCAUGUGUUAUGCCAAUAAUACUUUUGGAUCAGCAAAUGUCACAACAACCUUAGAAGUAGUAGAUAAAGGAUUCAUUAAUAUCUUCCCUAUGAUGAAUACAACAGUAUUUGUAAAUGAUGGCGAGAAUGUGGAUCUGGUUGUUGAGUAUGAGGCAUAUCCCAAACCUGAACACCGACAGUGGAUAUAUAUGAACAGAACUUCCACUGACAAGUGGGAAGAUUACCCCAAGUCUGAGAAUGAAAGUAACAUCAGAUAUGUAAGUGAACUUCAUCUAACCAGAUUAAAAGGGACCGAAGGAGGCACUUACACAUUUCUCGUGUCCAAUUCUGAUGCGAAUUCUUCCGUGACAUUUAAUGUUUACGUGAACACAAAGCCAGAAAUCCUGACUCGUGACAGGCUCAUGAAUGGCAUGCUGCAGUGUGUAGCAGCAGGAUUCCCAGAGCCCACCAUCGAUUGGUAUUUUUGUCCAGGAACCGAGCAGAGAUGUUCUGUCCCCGUUGGGCCAGUGGAUGUGCAGAUCCAAAAUUCAUCUGUGUCACCGUUUGGAAAACUAGUGGUUUACAGCUCCAUUGAUGACAGCGCCUUUAAGCACAAUGGCACGGUGGAGUGCAGGGCUUACAACGAUGUGGGCAAGAGUUCUGCCUAUUUUAACUUUGCAUUUAAAGGUAACAGCAAAGAACAAAUCCAUGCGCAUACCCUGUUCACGCCUUUGCUGAUUGGUUUUGUGAUCGCAGCUGGUAUGAUGUGUAUCAUCGUGAUGAUUCUUACAUACAAAUAUUUGCAGAAACCCAUGUAUGAAGUACAGUGGAAGGUUGUUGAGGAGAUAAAUGGAAACAAUUAUGUUUACAUAGACCCAACGCAACUUCCUUAUGAUCACAAAUGGGAGUUUCCCAGAAACAGGCUGAGUUUUGGGAAAACCUUGGGUGCCGGCGCGUUCGGGAAAGUUGUUGAGGCCACUGCAUACGGCCUAAUUAAGUCAGAUGCGGCCAUGACUGUUGCUGUGAAGAUGCUCAAACCAAGUGCCCAUUUAACGGAACGAGAAGCCCUAAUGUCUGAACUCAAAGUCUUAAGCUACCUCGGUAAUCAUGUGAAUAUUGUGAAUCUUCUUGGAGCAUGCACCAUUGGAGGGCCCACCCUGGUCAUUACAGAAUAUUGUUGCUAUGGUGAUCUUCUGAAUUUUUUGAGAAGAAAGCGUGAUUCAUUUAUUUGCUCAAAGCAGGAAGAUCAUGCAGAAGCGGCGCUUUAUAAAAACCUUCUCCAUUCAAAGGAGUCUUCCUGCGGUGAUAGUACUAAUGAGUACAUGGACAUGAAACCUGGAGUUUCUUAUGUUGUACCAACCAAGGCAGACAAAAGGAGAUCUGCAAGAAUAGGUUCAUACAUAGAAAGAGACAUGACUCCUGCCAUCAUGGAAGAUGAUGAGUUGGCCCUAGACCUGGAGGACUUGUUGAGCUUUUCUUACCAGGUGGCAAAGGGCAUGGCAUUCCUUGCCUCAAAGAAUUGUAUUCAUAGAGACCUGGCAGCCAGAAAUAUCCUCCUUACUCAUGGUCGAAUCACAAAGAUUUGUGAUUUUGGUCUAGCCAGAGACAUCAAGAAUGAUUCUAAUUAUGUGGUCAAAGGAAACGCUCGGCUACCUGUGAAGUGGAUGGCACCAGAGAGCAUUUUCAACUGUGUGUACACGUUUGAAAGUGAUGUCUGGUCCUAUGGGAUUUUUCUGUGGGAGCUGUUCUCUUUAGGAAGCAGCCCCUACCCUGGAAUGCCAGUCGAUUCUAAAUUCUACAAGAUGAUCAAGGAAGGUUUCCGAAUGCUCAGCCCUGAGCAUGCACCUGCGGAAAUGUAUGACAUCAUGAAGACUUGCUGGGAUGCUGAUCCCCUGAAAAGGCCAACAUUUCAGCAGAUUGUGCAGCUGAUUGAGAAGCAGAUUUCAGAGAGCACCAAUCAUAUUUAUUCCAACUUAGCGAAGUGCAGCCCGCAUCGGGAGACCCCCGCGGUGGACCGUUCCGUGCGGAUCAACUCAGUGGGCAGCAGCGCGUCCUCCACGCAGCCUCUGCUUGUGCACGAAGACAUCUGAAGCAGAAUGCGCAUCCGGGGGUGGGGGGGGACCCCCCCCGACAGAACGGCCCCCACUCCUUUGGUUUUCAUAAUGGUUAUUUUGUUUUCCUUCGACUCAAAUCCUACUCCAGGGUAGUGGACACCCCACUGUACUCCUGUCUUUAUGAGCACACUUUAGUGGCCGAUGAUUUCUGUCAUCAGCUACCAUCGAGCUGCAUAUGUUCCCGAUAGCAAGCUAGCCCCCGUUAAUGGAAUAACUUCAGACUUGGAGAAAGGGUGGGUGGGAUGGGCUGUAGACACCCUGAGUCCUUCCCAGGGCUUCUCCAAUUUCUGCCUGAAAAGUAUAGUUGAUAGUUUAUUUGAAUACAUGGCAGUAGUCACCUUCAUUCCUCAUAAUCAUCCGUAAUGAUAUGAUGAUGCAGCAAGAUUAGAAGCCGAAAGCUCAUCCCUUGAUGUGGAAAAUAGAAUGUUAUUCAAAGGGCAGAAGCCUAUGAGUAUCUGGGCUCAAGAAAUCUAGUAUUUCAUGCUGGGAGUGAGACGUAGGCUGUGGAAAAAUGCUUUCCAGGCACGCAUAGACUGCUGGGUGAGAGCCUUUGUGCUCCUGACCUGGUUUCUAAAUAGAGUUCACAAUUAGGGAGCUGAAUUGGAGAGAAGGCCUCCCCAGCCUGCAUUUUGUAUAUACUCAUCUAUAAAUUGUACAGAUUCACAUAUUUGAGGGGGGAAACCCACAAGGUGUAGUUUCUGGAUACGAUUCUGGCUUGAGUCUGCUGUGUGUAGGAAUAGCUGAAGAGCCAGACAAGUUUGAAGGAAACAGUUAGUGCUUUUUUU